CGACAUUAUUUCGGAAAAAGGAGGUCAGCAAACUAAUAUUUUUGAAAGUAAUUUAUGUGAUAACUGUGGAGAUGAAGCAAACAAGCGUCUAGAAAAAAUAAAAAAUGAUUAUCAACUUAAUGUUUGGGAUAAACUAAUUGUUUUCAGUCCUGAAACGACCGCCCAAAUUGAAAAAGAAAUCGGAAGGGAUGAAGCCCAAGAAACUGUUUACGACCUUUCUAUUAAAAACAAAAAAAUAAAAGACAAUGACCGGUUUCAA